GAAACAUACCGAGCUGCAUUAGCUUGCUUCCGCCGGCUGUAUAUGUCAACAGGUGGGACAAGAUGGAGCCUUCCAACCUGCCAGUGGUGCUCGGGGCAGGGAUGGAGCUGCAGCACAUGCUGACCGACCUUCAGAGCAAGUGCCAAACCUAUAAAUCGAAUUACAACCUACUCAAGAUCGAACAUUCCAGUUUGCAGGAUGAGCUAUCGCAUAUUCAGGGGGAAGUGAAGCGUCUCCAAGGCCAGCAGGAGAAGCUGCAGUCACAGCUGGCUGAGCGGUCGAGAGAAGUUAUUGAGAAGAAAAGGGAGGCAGAGGAGCUUCGCCUGCAGGUGAUGACUCCGAAGCGUCUGGAUUUGCUCAGGGCUCAAGUGCAGCAGGACUUGGAGGCUCCGGUCAGAGAGCGUUUCAACAAACUGGAAGAGGAGGCCGAGAAGUACAGGUCCGAGUUCAACAAGCUGCGCUACGCCUUCACUGUGCUCAAUUCUCAGUUUGAACACCAAAAGGAGGAACACGUCGGCGUGCUGGAGGAGCAGAAGAUGCGCUACGAGGUGGAGAUUGCUCAUCUGAAGAAAGACAAGGAGAACCUGGUGGCCCGGUACCAUACUGCGGAUCCACUGUACGAAAGGAAACAAGUGGAGCUUCUGCUCAAGGAGAAAGCGCAGCUCACCGUGUGGCUGAAGGGCCUGCAGGCCGAGGUGGACGAGUCGCAGGCCAAGAAGGACGAUUCCGACCAGCGGGUGGAGAACAUUCAGCUGUGCCAGAACAGACGGCUCACGGAAUCCCAGGCCGCCGUGAAGUCUCUGGAGGUGAGACGUCCAGCGUCCCGCCAGUCGGACGGGACGGAGGUCGGUUUUAAUUUGAAGCCGUUCGCAGUCGGAGCUCCGGUGCGCAGUUCCUACGACUGGAGCGCGCGGACGGCGAGCUUCAGCUCAGCCAGGAGCAGAACAGCCAGCUCGCCGGACAGCUGCACAAGACUAAAAAAGAAGGGAACUCCCUCGCCUGUCAGAUCGAAAGCCUGAAGCUGUCACACAAGACCGAGGUGGACAACGUCAAACUGGAGUUCACCCGCUCGAAAGGCGAGGCGGAGAGGGAGUGCGACGCAUUGCGGGUG